CAAAGCGAACAGAUCCCUUUCAUUGAUAGAAGAUAGAAGUGUUUAUACAAGCAGAUACAAGCAACAAAAUAUCUAGAUUUUUUUUCCAUUGGAGUUACAUAUUAUGUGUAUUAUUAGGAGUAUAUAAAGAUUUGUUAUCUUAGUAAAUUAGUACAAAUCAUUAUAAGAAAGAGACGUAUAUAAAGUUAUACAACCACAGAAAUGGAGCGGUAUACUUGUAGAUAGAUGAAUGUUCAGCUGGUGAAGAUAGCGGAGCAGAGGAAGAGGAAGAUGAAGUUUCAACGCAUGAUUCUAGGACUGACAGUAGCAGUAGUACUAUGAGCGGCAAUAGUACAACAACAGACAGUGAGGAAGACAGUGCAGAUCAUGCUACAAGCAGUAGUGAAAGUCAUAAUUCUGCAGAAGAGGAUGAAGAUGAGAAUGAAAAUGCAGAAUAUAUGGUAAACAUAGAGCCACCUGACGCUUUGAGAUGGGAAACUUGUAUUGCUGCCAAUACUAAAGUAAAAUUACCACAGGAUUUUUGUGAAUAUUUUAAUAUUUUUAAAGAAAUGCUAGAUUAUCCACAUUUUUGGAAUGAAUAUCUUACUGAAAGUCAAAGAGAGACAUUAUGUAAUCUUUUACCUAUUUUCCCAAAAGAUUGUAAUAUAGAGGCACAAAUGGAAAAAUCAUUACAAAUGUUAUUUAACAGAGAAAACAAUAGAUUUGGCGUAGCAGCACUGGAUGCAUUUCACAAUCAUCUUUCUGCUGGUCACUAUCGUCCUGAUAUUAAAAGAAUACGUAGUUUAGUUCGAAAAGCAAAGAAAAGAAGAUUAUUGUUUGAGGAACAGAAACGUUCAUAUGAAUUAGCAAAACAACUACUUAAGUCACGAGAAAGUUUACUGUCAAAUGCAUAUAAACAAGGUUUCAAUCAACCAGCAAAUCGAACAGUGUCUAAAUUUCAUUGGCGCAAACCAAAGCCGAUAAUGGUUGAAGAGAAGACCCAGCUACGUUAUAUGGAGGAGCUAAAUGCAAUUCGAGUGGAACUUGGGGCCAACACAAGAUUGUCUGCUGAUACAACAUCCGAAAACGAAGAGAAUUAUCCAUAUUAUCAAACAUCUGGGGCCAAACAGAAAAGGAAGCGGCGUUCUACCACGAGUUUUCAAGGAUUAUUAGUUAAAGGCUUACAACUCAACCAUGAGGACGAGACAAUUCGACCUGUAUUUUCUACUUUGCAGCGAAUGGAAUAUGCUUCGAGCAGAUCACUAUUUGUACGUGAACAGACAGAAGAAACUUAUCGUGCCAUGUUAACUGCACAUAAAAAACGACGAGCUUCUUGUGAUGUUCAUCCAGAAUUGAAUACUCAAGGAAUCGCUCUUGCCGAUCUCACACAAAGAUCGCAAAUUGGUCAAAAGCAUAAGUUUUCAGUUGGUAAUUUCAUGAAAAUUGCAUCUGCCAAGAAGAAAAUCAAAUUGGAACAACAUUCGUUAUGUCCUUCCGCAUUAAAAUUUACGAAUUCCAAUUCUGUGAAACUUGAAAGUGACAAUAGUGACUAUUCUCACACAACAGAUGAUAAUAGACAACCUAAUGUCUCAGAUAUGGAUUAUAAUAAAAUAACAACACCUAUAAAAUCAGAGCCAGUUGAUACAUAUGAAACACAUCAAAUAAUUAAGAAGAAAAUAAGUCCAAUGUUUCCAAAAAAUAACAAAUCAGUGAUAAUCAAUGCACUAGAGAUAAAAAAAGAAGUUGAAGAUAUGGAAUAUGAUGAAAUUAAAACGGAAUUAAGUUCGGGCGUGAAUGAAGAUAUACUAGCUGAAACUGAAGAGGAAGAGGAAAAUGAAUCUAAGAAAGAGCUUGAUUUAGAUAGUAUUGAUAUGAUACAAUUACCAAUCCAACUGGAUGAUGGAAUUGAUAUACUCAAUGAUGUCAAAUGCGAAAAUGAGACCGUUAUUUCAAUACCGGAAAAAGAAGUGAUUAUACCAUCAAGCGAAAAUACUAUAGAUAACAAUGGAGCAGAAUUAAUGCAAGAAACGCACGCAUGUUUCUUUUCUUUGUUGCGAGAUGCCUUCAUAUCUAAGGGUGAAUAUCGUAUGAGCGCAGCAGAGAUGAAAGAGGCAGUAAUGCAGUGGCAAGGCAAUCCUAUUUCACCCUUGAAUGACUGGUAUUCCUUGGUAUCUUCAUGGCCCAUGUUAGUACCAUUAGCUCUAGGAUUUCUUGCUGGCGAAUUAACAUAUUCUCAAGAUUUGGAUCAACGACAAGAACGAGACCAGGAACUCGUACCCUAUCUAGAAAAUAAAGGUCGAGGUGUAUAUGCUUGGAUUGGUGCAGGACGAGACUCUGAUACUCGAUUGCAAGAUUUGUGUACAAAAUUUCUUAUGUAUAAAGAUGUAUUGACAUCACCAUAUACUUCAGCUGCUAGUGCUGUAACAGCUACAAAACCACAGCAGACUCAGCUUACUUCUUUAAGCAAUAGCAUGAAUAAUAACGCGAUCACAAGCGGAAGCUCACAGAGUGGUAGAAGCGGAAGUCCUGUAUUGGAAUCUACCAGUAUAGAUGCCGGAGCCAUUGCAACUGACUCGGAACCACCUCGCCCAUUAUUUCCUACAGAAUGGAAAGUUCGCCCGUCCACGGCGGAAGAACGAGAAGAAUUUCGAAGACAAGAACGUAUGCGAUAUGCUGCACCUCACAAGGCGUUUACUUAUCGUAUGCACGGUUAUGCGUCCGUAGUCGGUCCGGUGAAAGGAAUUUAUCAACAUAACAUCGCUUCAGGACAAUCUAAAGCGCGAGAACAUACAUUGCUGGUACAAGAUCGUCCAAACUUCGUAACAAUUUUAGCAUUAGUUAGGGAUGCUACCGCUCGACUUCCUAAUGGUGAAGGAACUCGAGCUGAUAUUUGUCAGUUACUGAAGGAUUCGCAAUACCUCAAAGUACAGGACAAUGAUGAAAAAGAAGGAUAUCUCCAUUCUGUGGUGUCAGGAGCCCUCGAUAGACUACAUUAUGAAACAGAUCCUUGUGUUAGAUAUUAUCCUCGUCGAAAAGAAUGGCUUUAUCUUCAUCGAGGACGGUCCGAAUCUGAAUUUGAAAUGGUCCAUCAGCAAUUGCAAGGUAUUGCAAAGAAUAAAAAAAACGUUGGGAAUACGUCACGAAACAAAGCGCUACAACCGAUUCUCAAAUCAACCAAUAUGAAUAAGGAACAAUCUCCAAAUACUAAAGAAAUUCUCAAAAAAGAAAGGCGAACAACAACUAUACCUGCGCAAUCUAUUGUAUCUAAGAAAGAGCAGCGUAAAACUGAAGGGAAAGCUGUUAAUGAACAUCCUAGUUCUACUGAACAUUCCGUUAAUACUAACGUAGAAGUGGCAGUUAGCGCAAUAACAACAUCAGUCAUUUCUAGUACUGAAACUGCCGUCUCGGGAGAUGCAUCACUUAUAACUUCUUCUAUUACGUCAACAAAUAUAACAAAUACAGACCGUGAUUAUGUCGCGAUGGAAACGAAACCGCAACUUACUCCAAUAACUAUGGUGAAAAAGACAUCCACUAUUGGAGGGAAACCGGUUGCUAUAGUUAAAACGAAUGCCACACAAAGUCUCCUACAAUCAAAUCAACAUAAUUUUCCACAUCACCAAAUUCAAGUAUCUACAUCCGCUGGUCUGCAAACUAUUCGUUUGGCCGGACAUUCUGUGUUGCAAUCUGCGCAACAACCUAUUUCUGCUAGUAGUAGUUCUAAUGUAACGAACGGAACUACAACGAAUUUGACGACAAUAUUGCCAUGUACAAAAAUGCAAAAUCAGCAACAGCAACCAACUAUAGUAACGAAUCAAGCAGGGAAAAGUAUUUUACAAACUACUAAUAUGAAGCAACAACAAUCGCAACAACAACCACAUGUCUUACCAGGCAAAACUCUCUUAGCAUCACAGAUUAAAUUAGUUAGUUCAAGUCAAAUUAAAUCAUUACUCACAGGCCAUAGUCUUCAGGGUCAGACUAUAUUUAUCAAACAAUCCUCAUCAUCAAAUAAUCAAUCACAACAACAAUUACAACAACAGCAACAACAACUAAAGCAACAACAGCAGCAACUUCAACAACAGCGUGCUGUAUCUAGUCAACAGCAACCUAUACAGCAGACUCCGGGAAUGCAACGUAUAAUUGCGCAAAUCGGAGGAAAACCGAUUGCCGUGCAAAUACAACAAUCACCCCAUCAACAACAGCAGCAACAGAAAAUACUGGCGAAAGUUUUAACAAACAGCAGUGGAGGACAGAUUAUUUCCGUCGAAAGUUUGCUCACUCAGAAAGGAUUGAAAUUGGCUACUACUGGUCAUGCAAAUCAACUUAAUAGACAGGGCAAACAAGUUAUACAAGCUCAAUACCAGGUGGUAUCACAAGCGCAAGCUUCUUCUAGUCCAUCAAAAAUAAUAACAGUGACACAACAUCAGCAAUCUCCACCUCAACAGCCUCAGACUCUUCGCAUGGUCACUGCUCAACUCGCUGGAAAACCUAUUGUAUUAGCUAGCGGUAACAAGAACGUCGGCGUUGCGGUGAGCACCAGUGGUGGAAAUGUAGUAUUAGGAAAGCAAUCAACCUCUCAGCCACAGCAACAGCAACAACAACAACAAACGCAACAACCGAUUAUCUUGCCAAGUCAGUUGCUUAAUAUCAAAACAUUGCAUGGACUCAAAGUAAUCCCUACUCCAACCGGGCUGAAAGCCACGAGUGGUGCUGUAUACGCACGAGUUAUUGCUCCUACGACAAUAGCCUCCACACAAGCUAUGUCAAAUCAGCAACAGAGUCUUCAAACGCAAUCGCCGAGGAAUACUUCGUACAACACACCUUGAUAGGGUUGAUGUUCAUACUUAAACUAAUUAGAGCUGUUUUUUUUACUGUUUGUAUGUUACGUAAUCACAUAUUUUAAGUUGAAAACGCUUUAAAGGAUCCCAUUAUUAUACAUAUUCAAUAAAUAUAAUAUUGCGUGAUUACACAUUGCACUUUAGUUUGAUAACUAUACUAUGUAAUAUCCAUAAGAUUGAACAUAAUAAAAAGGAAUAUAUAAUAAAAAUAUAUACUAGUAAAGAUUAGUGUUCAUAAAUUAUUAAUUAGUUAAAUAAAUCAAUUUAAUAUCAUAUAAAUCAAUGUUAGUAAAACUGACUUUUGUAGUAUUCACACACACAUACACAUAUUAAGCGAUCUUCGAUUGUAAUGUCAGAAGCAACAAAAAUAAUGCAAACAAUUUGUCCAACUCUUUCACACACACUCACACACAGAUAAAUCAUUUUUCCAGAUACUUGUUCAACAAUACAAUAAAUAUAUAAACAGAUCUUGCUUUUUUUAUAAUUAUCUGAUAUAUGUUUGUAAUCUGAUUUUUAAUAAAUUAAAUGAUUCAUUGUGUA